CAGUUGUACUUUUCAAAUGAAAAUUCUUAUCAUUUCAUAGUGAAAGCCUCUUCCAACCUAUCUGUCCGUCAGGUGUUCUUUCAAUCGAUUUCGACCCAGAUAUUAUUUCUAAAGCUUUCUUGUUCUACCUACGUCUCUUGUUAUAUUACGUUUCCCGCAUGAAUCAUCCGGUCUUCACAUAGUUUUAUUCGGUAUUUUAUUUGCAUUUCAAAGGUGAAUCAAUCUGUGCACUCAACAUUUCUAAUAUUACAAAAAAUGUCAAAACAACAGGAACAGGAUACCCCAAGCUUUGGGGAAAUUCGUCAGCGGCUUCAAGCUGGUGAAGAUUUUGAUUUAGCACAUCGGCUGCAAGAAAGGGAAUAUGAGAUGUACUACAAUCAUAAUCGUAAUGUGAAUGGAACGAUAGUGGGUGAUAGAAAGAAGACGAGAGAGGAACAGAUUGCUGAAGAUGAACAUGCAGCUUCAUUGAGACGGCUAGGACAUGCCGAAAGAAGCAUGUCAGAUGAAGAAUAUGCAAGACAAUUACAAGAAGAAAUGGAUCGAUUGGAUGCAUCAAUUCAAAUGGAUAAAGAAGCUCAAUUGAGAGAAGAUGCAAGAAUGGCAUGGCUACUGCAACAAGAAUCUUCAGCUACUCCUGCUCCAUCAAGACAUUCUGGAGAUUUGAUUUCAUUCGAGGAUCAGCCACAACAGUCAUCCAACACAACAACAUCAUCAUCUUGUCAAUCGGCUAAUAACUCAUAAAUCAUGUCAACUUUCGCUUUCAUUGGUCACUGAUAUGCGCUCUUUUCAAUGUGUAAUUUCUUUAAUGAACACAUAUUCUUGUU